CGUAUAUGUAUUUAAUAUUUAUACACUUACACAUCCCUGUAUCAGUCUUGAAAAAAAUGGUGGGACCAUAGGCAAAUUCCUUGUUAUCGAAGUAUUUAUUUAUACAAAAAAAAAGCGAGGAAGCACCGGAAUGGUGCGACCGUAUGGGCACGAACGAGGACAGACACCCUAGCUGGGCAGUGAAAGAGAUCAAAUCGCGUAGCAAACUUGCAUAUUGUAUGGAGUUUUAACUACAUAAUCCAAAUCGACUCAAAAAGUUCAGAUCGACAACAGUAACAGUGACGGACAAAUCUCCAAUCCCUAAUCCCUAAUUGAAAAAAUGGGGUGGGGAUUUGCAAUAUUGGAAGGAGUAGUGGUAGUUGGUUCUUUGGUAUUACUUGGAUGUGCCGGUUUAUGGUUUCUUAACCGUAGAUUAUACAAAGAAUAUGAAGAAAAAAGGGUCCUUGUUCAGAUCAUUUUCAGCAUUGUUUUCGCUUUUUCUUGUAAUCUUCUUCAACUUGUUCUCUUUGAGAUCAUACCUGUUCUCUCUAAAGAGGCUAGAUGGAUGAAUUGGAAGUUGGAUUUGUUUUGCUUGAUUUUGUUGCUCGUCUUCAUGUUGCCUUAUUACCAUUGUUACUUGAUGCUUUGCAAUAACGGUUUGAGAAAGGAGCGCGCUGCACUUGGGGCUAUUCUUUUUUUGUUGGCUUUCUUGUAUGCUUUUUGGCGAAUCGGCAUCCACUUUCCAAUGCCCGAUAAAGGAUUUUUUACCAUGCCUCAGUUGGUUAGCAGAAUCGGUGUCAUUGGGGUGACUGUCAUGGCUGUCUUAUCGGGCUUUGGGGCUGUUAAUUUACCUUACAGUUAUUUGUCUCUCUUCAUCAGGGAGAUUGAAGAAUAUGAAAUAAAAGCCUUGGAGAGGCAAUUAAUGCAAUCAAUUGAGACUUGCAUAACCAAAAAGAAGAAAAUCAUAGUUUGUCAAAUGGAGAUGGAAAGGAUUCAAGUUUCAGAAGAGAAGUUGAAUGCUAGAUCUUUUCUGAAGAGAAUUGUUGGAACUGUAGUGAGAUCUGUGCAGGAAGACCAGAGGGAACAAGAUAUCAAGAACUUGGAAGCUGAGGUACAGGCUUUGGAGGAACUGUCAAAGCAGUUGUUCUUGGAGAUCUAUGAGCUUCGACAAGCUAAGGAAGCUGCUGCUUAUUCUCGAACUUGGAGAGGCCACAUGCAGAAUCUUUUGGGUUAUGCGUGUUCAGUCUAUUGUGUCUACAAAAUGAUUAAGUCAUUGCAGAGCGUUUUCUUCAAGGAGGAUGGUUCUGUCGACCCCGUCACAAAGACAAUUAGCAUAUUCCUGCGAUACUUUGAUAUAGGAAUCAAUGCCACUCUACUAUCCCAGUAUAUAUCCUUACUAUUCAUCGGGAUGUUGAUAGUCAUAUCAGUUAGAGGAUUUUUAACAAAUCUAAUGAAGUUUUUCUUUGCUGUUUCUAGAGUUGGGAGUGGUUCUUCAAGCAAUGUUGUCCUGUUUCUGUCUGAAAUUAUGGGCAUGUAUUUUGUCUCAUCUAUUCUUUUGAUAAGGAAAAGUUUGGCAACUGAAUACAGGAUGAUCAUAACGGAUGUUUUAGGGGAUAUACAAUUUGACGUCUAUCAUCGGUGGUUUGAUGCUAUAUUUGUUGCUAGUGCCUUCCUUUCCUUGCUUUUACUUUCUGCACAUUAUACUUCUCGCCGAGCUGACAAACAUCCAAUUGAUUAGGGUCUAUAUCAGUUGUCUCUGCCUGGUCUCAAGUUUACACCCUUGUUGAUUUGUGCACUAAUUGACUUAUAGGUCUGAAUCACCUGAUAAACAUGCGGAUGCUUCCAUUAAACCUACCAUACAUAGCUAUCAUGCAACAGUUAUCGUCAGGAAAGAAGAUUUGUCUGUCAGCAUGUAACAUGAUGGUGAAGUCCUAUCAUUUUUGUGCGUAAAUACGAGAGCAUUCUUCUUAAAAUUCUUGGAUGGCAGUUUUCAAGUUGUUUGCAGUGGUUUCAAGUCUCAACACGCUAUAUCUUGAAGUAAGCAGUAGCACAGCUUUGAAUGGAUUUGUAUGUUCCAUGUGUAAUAGGUUAGUACCUUCUCUGUAACACUGGAGGUUUUACGGUACACUUAUCCGGUGCUUUGAAAAUUGUACGUAUAUCUACUUGACGUAUUUUAGCAGAUGAAAUCGCAAUUGAACAUUUGAAUUCGAAGUUAUGAUAUACAAUCAUCAUCAUAGAA